ACUCAGCCACCCAGGCGCCCCAAUAAAUAAAAUCUUUAAAAAUAUAUAUUUCUCAAGCACCAACUCUGGCCAAUCCCUGUGCAAGACACUAGAUGCAGGGAUGAGCAAAAUUUCUUUCCUGCUCCCUGAGGGACUCACUGUCCCAUUAAGGAGGCACACUAACGCCAUGACAGCACUCUGUGGUGACACAAGUGUACAAACGUGCCCAGGUGGUGUGGGAGCACACGGAGGGCUCAUCACCCAGGAAAGGAGGGGGCGACACUGAAUCUGAGCGUUAGGAAUGAGUUAGAAGUUACCCAAGCAAGAGACGUGGGAAGGGCUAUCCAGGGGGAAGACAGAGGGUUCUCCAAGGAGCAACCAGCAGGGCAUGAACCCCUGGCCAUUUGGUGAGGCCACAGGGUAAAGGACAAAGCAAGGAGUGGGGAGAGGUGAGGUGGGAGGAGCAGGCUCCCUGAGGACCCUGUAGGCCAGGCACGAGGGCACUUUGAAGGGAUUUUAGCAAGGGAGCAGCAGAAUCAGAUUUGCAUUUUAGAAAGAUCACUGGGGCUGCAGUGUGGAUAAUUGAUUGGAGCUGAGUGAGGAAGCAGACAGAGAGAAUGGUUCAAGGCCACAGGGCAGCGGGGGUGGCAAGAAGAGGGCACAGUCAAGAAAUAUUUAGGAUUCCAAAUCAGCAGGAUUCAACGCCUUUAUUCGUGGGGGGCAGGAAGGAGAGAAGGUUCAAGGACGAUUCCUGGGUGCCACCAAGGGAGUUGGAAAAAACCGUAAGAGUGCAUGGGGGGGCAGGGGGGGUGUGCACAGAGAGCGCUGAGGGUCUCAUUUUAAGACAGGUCGCAUUUGAGGAGCCUAAAGACAACCAGGACAUAUCCACUGAGCAGGAAUUUAUGGCCAGGGGCGAGGUCAGGGCAUCCCGUAGUGAUGAAGAAGCGAAGACCAUUGUUUCCACAGCUCCACAGAUUGUAUUUAGGGAGGCAGCACCUUUGUUGGAGAAAAUAUCUUUAUAUCUUUAUAUGCUGCUGGGGUGAAAAGGGCAGAGCCUAGGGCCUGGGUGACCUUAGGGCCAGCAUCACCACAAAAAUGGCUCAGUGGCCGUGUGUGAGACUUGAGAGGAAUUGCUCAGGUCCCUGAGAAGGAGAGCAGGGCAGUGGUGGGGGAGAGGGCCUGAGAGGGAGGGGGCAGGCAAGGGAGACAGGACAGGGCAAGGACAAGCCAGUGGAAAUUCCCAGCUCACAGGGGAGAAACUCUCCACUGCCAUGUGUGUCAUCUGAUCAGCUAUGGAAGACGCCCCUUCUCCCCAUGUCCCCCCUGCGCCCACACAGACCCAGGUCCUUAGUAUAGUUGACUCUGUUCACAUCUGCUUUCUGUGAGUAGGGAUUUAGGUGGGAAAGGAGGAAAGAGCUUCAUUUCACAUGUGGGUUUUUGGGGCAUUGAAUAGUGUGAGCCCAUUCGGAGGCAGAGCCUGGAGGUGGGGGUGGGGGAGGGCAGGACAGCAGGAGCCUCUGGGAACUCCCAGGACCCUCGAAGCUGGCCUUGGACUUGGGGAUGUGAGGAGCUUCUCCAUCUAAGCUGGAAUCCCAUGCCCACCACUAGCCCUGCCCCUGCCCCCCUCAGGCUGGGCCCCAGCCUGCGGCAGCCUUACCUCUCUCCAGGCUCAGGAACCUGAAGGUUCCAGCUCAGUGCCUGGGGGCUGCCCCCCUCCCUCCAGCUGGGAGGUGAGCUUAGGGCGGAGCAAGCCAGGGAGCACCCCUCCUCAUCCCAGCAUCACACCUCCCACCCACAGAAACACCACAAACCUGUUCCCUGCCAGUCUGACCAGCAGGUCUGGGGGUCAGCAGCUAGGAGAGGAGCAGGCCAGAGACAAGAGACCCACCAAGAUAGCCGAGAUCAGAGGCUAGAGAAACAGAGGUCCCAGGAGAAGUAGAGGCAGCCGCUGAGGCAGCCGGAGCCAGACCCAGGGCAGCCUGGCAGGUGAGGCUGGGCCAGCAUGUUGGCCUGCCGGUUCUGGAGAGCUAUCAGCAGGGCGCUGUUUGCCGAGUUCCUGGCCACGGGGCUGUACGUGUUCUUUGGAGUGGGCUCAGCCCUGCCCUGGCCCUCGGCGCUCCCCACCGUGCUGCAGAUCGCCAUCACCUUCAACCUGGCCACGGCUGUGGCUGUGCAGAUCACCUGGAAGACCAGCGGGGGCCACAUCAAUCCUGCCGUGACUCUGGCCUUCCUCGUGGGCUCCCAAAUCUCCUUGCCCCGUGCCAUGGCCUAUGUGGCUGCCCAGCUGGCAGGGGCCACUGCGGGGGCUGCUCUGCUUUAUGGGGUCAUCCCAGGAGACAUCCGAGAAACCCUUGGGGUUAACAUGGUCCGGAGCAGCGUCUCGACGGGCCAGGCCGUGGCUGUGGAGCUGGUUCUGACCCUGCAGCUGGUACUCUGUGUUUUUGUUUGCACCGACAACCGGCAGGCAUCGGGCUCCCCGGCCACCAUGAUGGGGAUCUCUCUGGCACUGGGGCACCUCAUUGGGGUCUACUUCACAGGCUGCUCCAUGAACCCGGCCCGCUCCUUCGGCCCUGCCAUCAUCGUUGGGAAGUUCGAGGUCCACUGGAUCUUCUGGGUGGGACCCCUGGCAGGAGCUGUCCUGGCUUCCCUGAUCUACAACUUUAUCCUCUUCCCUGGCACCAAGACCAUGGCCCAGCGACUGGCCAUCCUCAUGGGUAGCGAAGAAGUGGAGAAAGUGGCAGAAGAGGAGCCCAAGAAGAGAGAAUCCCAGUCCAGUUCAGGGGACACAGAAUCGGGGAACAUGUGUCAGACAGUAUAGAAUGGGGCCCCUCAUCUUUGGGCUUCUGCGAGGAGCCCUUUAGGUGGAUAGACUGCCUUGUACAACCAGAUGUCGGGUUUUAUGGGGGGAGGGGGAGGGGGAAGAGGAUGAGGGCAGGAAGGAUGGGGAGGCUAGGCCUCUUGUCCUAACAGGGUGGGCCGGGAAUGCCAAUCCCUACCCCUGGCAUUAUAUUUCUAGACAGAAAGAAUCUGGGAAGCAAAUCUGUUCAGUUUCCUCCUCCUACAUCUCUUAAUGGGACAGAGCAGAAGGAGGCAGGGAAAUUCAUGACUGCCCUCCUCUUCUCUCAUCCAUCUGGAUCCUAGUGGGCAUCGUGGGCCUCCAGAUCGCCUUGUCUUGGGUAUUAGAGCCCAGACAGCCAUUCAGCUUAGAUACUAAGGGCUAUAGAGACCUUGGGGAACCUCAACAUCUCACCCACCCUUGAAGGGAAAGCGAGACUUCCCAGAAGAAUCAGGUCCUGGGAUGGUCUCUGAGCUCCUCAUAGGGAUAUCUCUGCUCUUGGGUAUAGUUUGGGGGCUACAGACCAGCCCUCAGCCUGAGGCUGUGCCCUGAGGACAGAGACGGUCCUUCCAAUCGAUCUUCAUUCCUCGGGCUUCUAAAUACACAGGAGAGGACCCUGCCCUGGGCAAGAGGGGCAGGAUAUAGGCAAGGGAGGUUUGGGUCAAACAGACCUUUUCCAGGGCAGGCUCUCCCCAGAUGUUUGCCCACCUUCCACGCCACAGCCCCAUCCAUGGGAACAAUCCUGAGAGGAGAAGGUCCUUAUCCCAGCCCCCUGUUCAUGACCUGGGCAAUAAACUGUCUCCAGCCUCAUUUGCAAUUUUGCCAGGAUCCUCAAAAAGCUACUACUGAAGUCCCAAGGAUGGUAAGAACUUAGGAAUGACCCAAGAAACCAGAAUUUGCAGUUCGGUGCUUCUGAAGGACAGCAAACCUCAGUGGGUUUGUUUGUAUUUAUAAGCUGCUGUAAAUACUGUCCCCCCAUGACUUGGGGCCCUAUGGAUCUCAGCUUCCCCAGCUAUAAAAUGGGCACAGUCCUCCCCUAGCGCCCGCUGUCAAAACAAAUAAGAGACUGGAAAAUGUUUUCGGAUGUUAAAAUGUUAGAAAAACAAACCCAAUAAAUGAUGAUUAUUGUCACUGUUA